CGGAGGCUCGCGGGAUGGAAUGAAUAGAAGUCGCUGUGCAGCGAAACUGUGCGGCUAGCACUUGUUUGUUUUGUAAGAAUGGAGAUAUUUGGCAGCGGUUUCGACGACUCGGUGUUUGAGGACAGUAGUAGAAAUAAUAAUAAUGUCUCAGUCGCCUUGUCGUCCUACGACGCCAAGUUCUGCGAGCCAAAGUGGUUCUGUCGUGACGUGACCGCGCAGGACGAGCUGGAGCAGCAGAAACACCUCAAGUUCCGCGCUGACCUGUCCUACAGACACCAGGAAUAUGAGAAAGCGCUGGAGGACUACUCCUCAUGCCUGGCUUUGGUGCCCAAGGGCAACGUGACCAUCAGGAGGGACGUCCUGGAGAGUCAGGCCAGAUGCCACUUGCACCUGGGCCAUCAGGACGCAUCUCUGGAGAUCGCCGAGACCCUUAGGAAAGAAGCAACAAACACCGGACACCUCACCUGCACCUUGAACCUGUUGCUGGCCAUCCACCAGCGCUUUGGAAAUAUGCAUGGGGAGAUAUCCGUCCUCCAGGAGUUGAUCUGCCUUCAUCCUUAUAACCCGUGGUGCUGGCAGAGGCUCGCCCAGGGUUACCUGAACUACUUCCAGUCUCUGUCUGCCUGCUCAAGGACCACCUCCCGUCACCAUGGAGACCAGCUAGAAACGAAUGGGAAUGGAAGGAAAUGCAUGGGACUGGAAUGUGGCCACGGGACGAGAGUCGAGGAAAGCCAGGAACAAUGGGAGGAGGUCUGGCUGAAGGCUACCAUGUGCUUUGUCAGAACCAGGCUCCUGGUCCGGUUUUUGCGCAGCCAGCAGUCGUCGUUUGUGCUCCAGCGCAGUGAAAGAGCCCAGCGGGAGACAGACGAGGCUCUGCAGCGCUUGGGAGCCAAGGAGACUGCACUACAUGUCAUAGCUGAGGUGAUGAGCGAGGACCUUUCCCCAGAGAGGAUGAGGGAAGACAGUCAGGACGGUGAGAGCCUGGCAGGGCUGCGCGCCUCAGAUUUCGAUGAGAGGUGGUACAAGAAGCUCCAACAAGCUGCAGCGUGGAUCAAGGACGGUGUUCGGCGGGCUCUGGACCCACAGACACGCCAGGACCCUGACUGAGCCCAUGAGACUGUGAUCUUCUCCCUUCCCACUCACUUCAGGAGGAGAUGUAAGGAUCUGUGUUUGCGAUAAACAUGAUUUUUUUUUGUUUUAUACCUCUCUUGAAUGAGGCUGUCAGGGUAAAAUAUUUUAAUAUAAAAAUGAAAUACUAAAUCUGUUCUUGUGGU